AUGGAAAAAUUCGAGUUUCUCCGGAAGUCAAUGGAAUCAUAUAAAUAUGAACUGGCUUGCGCAAUAGGGGGGGUUCCCAUGCAAUUCAUACUAAACCACCCCUACCCGCCAAAUUCUUCGGUUCCGAUUCCGAACGAAACCCUAAAAGAUGAGAAGCUUCUAGAAGCAUGGCCUCAGAUAGAACAACAGAUAUUAGAGUGGCGUAAGAUAGUGUACCUUCUGAGCUACCUCCUGAGGGCCCACACAGAAGAAAGGAUUCCUUGUUUGGAUACAAUACGAGCCGCUCUCGACCAAUUGAGGGCCGAUGAGAAGAUAAACCCUAAUUGUCCUGACUUACAAGAACGUAGGGCUUUUUGCGAGUUCGUCUUACAAAAUGGUCUCGACUCCGUCGAACACGGCAAUGCUUACCAGGAGCAUACGAGGGCUUACGCUAUACAUCAAAACGAUCUUGCGACUAUGGAAUGGUAUGCGAAGCACGCGAGUACGUAUUUGCCUAGCCCUGAAAUCAUGUUGCAAAUGCUAUUUGCCAUGCCAAUGAACGGCCUGCGGUUUCCAUAUCCGUUGGAUGGGCAGCGCCAUAUGCAGAAUUUCCAUGCGCCAUGGAUAAUUUAUGAUGGGAAGCCCACACUAGAUUGUGGCCCCGAGGAUGCGGAGGCCGAGGAGGAGCUGCACAUGAUGCAACAGUUCCAACAGCUGCAGCUCCACGAUAAGCAGCAGCAGCAACCGCCACCGCCACCUGCUUGGGGCACUAACGGCCUCAUGCAUAUCAGAAUGAUAACUGCACUCCUCCCACCGUGAUUGGUUGCGCUUUUCGAUUCGAAAUUAUUUCGUUUAGUUACAAUAAUAUUAGUAAGUAUUGGCUGUGGUUGAAAUAAGAAGGUAAGUUCCUGGACAAGUUUUUAUGUGUGACUGAUUAGUGUGUCCAAUAACUUUGAAUUAUGUUUUGUGUUUUUAACUUUUUUGGCAGUGAAAUGAUUUAAUAUUUAUGAAAAUACCUAUCUUAAUUUCUUCUCGUGUUAAGGUGGCGUUUGCAAACGUUUUUCCAAA